CAGGCUCGGCGAGGGCGCAAACGGGGCGGGGGCGGAGGAGCUAGGAUCUGAGGAUAGAAAGCUUUGAAGGGUCUCCAGAAGCAGAGGGAUCUGGGGGUUGCGAGGGCCUGUCUGGGGAGGGGGCUGCACAGCACCGGAUUGUGGAGUGGAGGAUUGUACCAAGAGCAGAAGGAGGAUCUUUGGCGGGGGCGAGGGGGCGGGGCCCAAGAUGGAAGUCAGGGAAGGGGCUGAGGGCUGAGAACGGGAUAUGGAAGAGGGCAGUGGGAAUGCCGAGGGGGCCUGGAGACGACAGGGCGCCUGGGCGGGGCGGGGGGGAUGGCUUGGUGUCGGAGGGCAGCUGCGGAGCCGACGCCCGACGCGAUCGCCCCCGGUCCCCAGGCGCGGCGGCGCUGAUGCUGCUGCUUCCUGCCACCAUGUUCCACCUGCUCCUGGUGGCCCGCUCGGGCCCCGCGCGCCUCCUGGGCCCACCCCCCUACCUGCCGGGACCCGAAGCGCUGUGGAGCCCGCAGAUGCUGCUGCUGUGGUUCACCUGGCUCGGCCUUCAGGCGGCUCUCUACCUAUUGCCGGCGCGCAAGGUGGCCGAGGGACAGGAAUUGAAGGACAAGAGUCGCCUGCGCUACCCCAUUAACGGCUUCCAGGCCCUGGUGCUGACAGCCCUGUUGGUGGGCUUAGCUGUGUCCGCCGGGCUGCCUCUGGGGGCGCUCCCGGAAAUGCUCCUGCCCUUGGCCUUUGCGGCCACCCUCACCGCCUUCAUCUUCAGCCUCCUUCUCUAUCUGAAGGCCCUGGUGGCCCCUGCCUCGGCCCUGGCCCCUGGGGGGAACUCAGGCAAUCCCAUCUAUGACUUCUUCCUGGGACGGGAGCUCAACCCGCGCAUCUGGUCCUUCGACUUCAAAUAUUUCUGUGAACUGCGACCUGGCCUCAUCGGCUGGGUCCUCAUCAACCUGGCCCUGCUGAUGCAGGAAGCAGAACUUCGGGGGAGUCCCUCCCUGGCCAUGUGGCUGGUCAAUGGCUUCCAGCUACUCUAUGUGGGUGAUGCCCUCUGGCAUGAGGAGGCUGUUCUCACCACCAUGGACAUCACACACGACGGGUUUGGCUUCAUGCUGGCCUUUGGGGACCUGGCCUGGGUACCCUUCACUUAUAGCCUGCAGGCCCAGUUCCUGCUCCACCACCCGCAGCCCCUGGGGUUGCCCAUGGCCUCAGUCAUCUGCCUCAUCAAUGCUGUUGGUUACUACAUCUUCCGGGGAGCCAAUUCCCAGAAGAACACCUUCCGAAAGAAUCCUUCUGACCCCAGAGUGGCUGGCCUUGAGACCAUCCCCACAGCCACGGGGCGGCAGCUGCUGGUGUCUGGGUGGUGGGGUGUGGUCCGCCAUCCCAACUACCUUGGAGACCUCAUCAUGGCUCUGGCCUGGUCCUUGCCCUGUGGAGUGUCUCACCUGCUGCCCUACUUCUACCUCCUCUACUUCACGUCACUGCUGGUGCACCGGGAGGCCCGGGACGAGCAGCAGUGCCUGCGGAAGUACGGCCUGGCCUGGCACGAGUACUGCCGGCGCGUGCCUUACCGAAUCCUGCCCUACGUCUACUGAAGUGGCUCCACUCAGCCCAGACUGGGGCAGGUGCCCCCCCCCGCCAUCCGUCAGCGUGGCCGGCUGGGGAGCCUGGGCCCCACCCUGCUCUGCGCUCCAGCAAGCAGGGACCAACAGCCUCAGGGACGUGCUCUGGAGCAAGGAGAGAUGCAGCCAGUGCCCAAAAAUGGGAGUGGAGGGGCUUGCUCUUCCUCCUGGAUAAACAUCUGGAACCCA